AUGGCUUCCUCUCUUGCAGUCAAGCGAUUUCUCUCCUCCGCCCUUCUUUCAAGAUCUCUCCUUCGCCCCGUCGCCUCUUUCAACACCAACGCCAUGCGCCAGUACGAUCAACACUCCGAUGACCGUAACGUUGAUGUCGAUCGCCGCGCUUUCCCUCGCACUCGCCGCGAUGAUCUUCUUCUCUCAGAUGUGUUCGAUCCGUUUUCUCCACCACGGAGCUUAAGUCAAGUCCUAAACAUGGUGGAUUUACUGACGGACAAUCCGGUCCUUUCUGCUGCUUCGCGACGCGGAUGGGAUGCGAGAGAGACAGAGGAUGCUCUACUUCUUCGUUUGGAUAUGCCUGGACUCGGUAAGGAUGAUGUGAAGAUCUCCGUGGAACAGAACACUCUUAUUAUUAAAGGUGAAGAAAGUGGUCAAGAAAGUCAGGAAAGUGGUCGUCGAUUCUCUAGCAGAAUUGAUUUACCGGAUAAGCUUUACAAGAAUGAUGAGAUUAAAGCUGAGAUGAAAAACGGCGUGCUCAAGGUUAUUGUGCCUAAGAUGAAGGAACAAGAAAGGAACAAUGUCAUUAACGUCAAGGUUAACUAG